AUGGUCUCCUCAGCAGCUCUCUUCUUGGUUCUCCUGAGCGUGUUUGCGGGUCUCGGGGCUGGCGAGCGGAAUGGGACGUCCGGAUGCCCUCUGUACAUGAUGCAGAUGUACCGGGCCUUUCAAACAUCGUCUCUUUCUCAUGCUAAUGCUUCUGACUCCGCAGCAAACUCUGACUCUGUGCACAGUCUGACAGCCAAAGUGUGCGUGUACAGUGAUAAUAACCGCCUUGUGUUCUCCUCAGGCUGCUCUCAGGUGGGAUCCCGCUGGAGCAUCACCUUCGACCUGUCCUCGGUGCCCUCUGGUCAGCGGGUUCUGUGGGCUGAGCUCCGUGUGCGUCUGCCUGCCUUCUCCGCCUCUGAGGCCAGUGUGGACCUGUACCACUCCCCCUGCUCCCCCCAGAGCUCCCGGCCCUGCCCACACCCUCGCACUCUGCUGGGCACGCUCCAGACUGGGCCAACCACCACCACCUCCUCCUGGAAGCUUUUCAACGUGUCGGGACUGAUCCGACAGUGGAGGGAGCGGGGAGAGGGUUCAGCGGGAUGGGGGGAGGAGGGGUCUGGUUCCGGGGCCGGGUCUGGGUCUGGGAGCUGGCUGCAGAGGCCCGUGUCCUACGUGACCACAAACCGCGUGACCCUGGUGAUCUUCUGCAGACAAGAGCUCCCGUCUGUGGGGCAGCCAGCGUACAGCCUGAUCCAGACCGUGCAGAAGUCCAAGUACACGGGACGGUCCCACAGAGAGCAGUCUGGCCGGAGGAGCAAGAGGAACCGCCUAGAGCACACUGUGAACGAGCGGGUGCGAAUUGUGGACAGGGCCGUACCCACAGGGGCCCCAGAAGAGAGCCGGCCCCUGUGCAGGCGCGUGGACAUGUGGGUGGACUUUGACGUCAUCGGCUGGGACGCCUGGAUCAUCCACCCCAAACGCUACAACGCCUUCCGCUGUGAAGGCGCCUGUCCCGCGCCCCUGGACGAGUCUGUCAGUCCCACCAACCACGCCUACAUGCAGAGUCUUGUGCGGCACCAUCAGCCCGAGCGGGUCAGCUGCCCGUCCUGUGUGCCCACGCGCCUCUCGCCCCUCUCCAUGCUCUACUACGACAGCGACGACCUGGCCCUGCGUCACCAUGACGACAUGGUGGUGGAAGAGUGCGGCUGUCACUGA